UUUAACACACUCAAAGCUUUGAAAUUCUCUUUUUUUUUUCAAACAUGCCUUCUGAUAUCAACGACCCACGUCGAGUAGCUGCGGCGGAGCAGCAAGAACAGCUCCCUUGUCCUCGCUGUGAAUCAACCAACACAAAGUUCUGUUACUACAACAACUACAACUUCUCGCAGCCUCGCCAUUUCUGCAAGUCUUGUCGCCGUUACUGGACUCAUGGUGGUACUCUCCGUGACAUUCCCGUCGGAGGAGUUUCCCGCAAAAGCUCUAAACGUUCUCGAGCUUUCUCCUCCGUCGCCGCCGGAAGCAGGAAUUUCCCGUUACAAGCGACGCCUGUUCAUUUCCCUCCGUCUUCCUACGGUGGCGGCAUCACGGCGGCUAAGGGGAACACAUCGUCUCUCUACGGUGGUUUCACCACUUUGCUCAACAACAACGCCGCUGCAAGCAGACAUGGGCCUUGUGGUGGUUUUAAUGGGCCUGGGAAUGGGCCGGAUGGUUUUAGACUUGGGCUUGGUCAUGGGUCGUAUUUCGAUGAGGUCAGGUUUGGGCAAGGGAUAACUGUCUGGCCCUUUUCAACUGGAGCUACUGAUGCUAACGUAGCUGAUACGAGCCAUGCGGCUCCAGUACACGCUACUUGGCAGUUGGAAGGUCUUGAGAGCAAAGUUGGGUUCGUGGCUGGAGACUACUUAGCGUGGGACUGAGAUACCAGCUUCUUCUUGAGAUAAAAUGUAGCUUUUUAGUUCCUUACUCAGUUUAGUGAUAUCUCUAAGUAGUGUGUGUCUGGUUAUUUUUAGUUGGGUUACCUUUGUUUGUUUUUGUGGCUCUAAUGUUCAUCCCAAAUUUGGUAAUCCAUGGACUAAAAUUAUCCACUUUAUUUU